CGACAAGAUUCCCGAGUCGACCGAGCCCCGUAGCCAGGACUUUUUGCUCGUGAGCAGCCCAUCGGUGGCUCUUGGCACGGCCAAGCUCCUCCGCGACAGCCUGCGCGACUCGCCGGCGGUCUUCAAGACCAAGAUGGUCGUCAAAGGCAAGUGGCGCCGCCUCAAGGCGCUGUCGAAACCCCGCAUUGUGCCGUCGUCGCUGCUCAACAUUCCGUUCUACAGCGCGCUGCCGUUCGCGUUUGGCGAGGCCAUGGCGGUCAAGUAUGUGCUGAUGCCGACGCGAACAGCGCCUGUGCCCCGCGUCAAGCCCGUACUCGACGACUUUCUCACGACUCAGGCGCAAGCACAGCUGCAUUGCGAAGACGUGACGUUUGACUUUGCUAUUCAAGCGCGCCGCGACACGCCCGAGCACCCGAUGCCCGUCGAAGAUGCCAGCGUGCGCUGGUCCGAAGUCGCGUCGCCACCGGUGACCGUCGCGCGCCUCACGCUGCCGCGCCAGUCGUUUCGCACGGCCGAGCGCGCGGUCCUGGCCGACAAACUGGUGUUUGAUGCGUCGCAUGCCUUGCCCGCGCACCGCCCGAUUGGCAGUCUGCACCGCGCGGGAAUGGCCAUGUACCAAGCCGACCACCGAACUUCGUGACUAAUCUUAUGUAUUUCUGCGACACUGCUACUUGGCACACGCUGCCGUACACUGUAGUAGCACCGAACGUGCCGAGUGGACACUACAACGCGACGUUGGACUCUGUACGCAAAUCGGAAACGUGAACGACGCACACCUUGCUUUCUACAGUGAUGGGCAGUGCAAGCAUGCAAU